AUGUUCAAGUUGUUUGUCGCCGCGUUGACUCUCACGGUCCUGGUCGCCUCCUGUGAAGGAGGGACCUACCCAAUCUCACCGGACCAGGCUUCCUGUUCACCGACGGCCGUGACCUGCAACACCAGCCCCUGUAGCUGCAACACCAGCCCCCGUGGCUGCAACACCAUCUUGGGUUGCAACGGUCUUGGAUGUCUAUGCAACAUCCUCGGCAAUAAUUGCGGGUGUCAGCAGUGUGGCUGCAAAACUGAUGGUUGUCAAACGUGCAACAUAGGUUGCAACACAGGAUGCAACACAGGCUGCAACAAAGGAUGCAACACAGGCUGCAACACAGGAUGCAGCACAGGCUGCAGCACAGGCUGCAACACAGGCUGCAACACAGGAUGCAGCACAGGCUGCAACACAGGAUGCAGCACAGGCUGCAGCACAGGCUGCAACACAGGAUGCAACACAUGCAACUAUGGAUGCAGCAAGUGCAACAGCGAAUGCAAUAAGUGCAACGACGCAUGCACUAAAUGUAACAAGUGCAACGACUGUAAUAAGUGUAAUAAAUGCAACAAAGGAUGCAAUAAAUGCAACAGAGGAUGCAAUAAAUGCAACUACGGAUGCUACAAAAAGUCAUGCGGCUGCAACUUUUGCUGCAUCCAGUCCAAGGUUGCCACGAAGUUGUUGCUGAAGCUCCUCCCACUCUUGGUCGACUUGGUCCAAAAGAGCAGCUACAACGGCUGUUGCAACAGUUGCGGUGGUUACAACUGUAACAACAACUACUGCGGCACAAACGGCAACUGUUGCUACAACUCACAGGCCACUAAUAGUAGAAUUAGAUAG